GCAGUUAUUUGGAAGAUGGCGCCCGUUGUCACGGGGAAGUUCGGCGAGCGACCUCAGCGUUUGACAAGGGAGGCUAUGAGGAAUUACUUGAAGGACAAAGAUGACCAAACGGUGCUCAUACUGCACGCAAAAGUUGCACAAAAGUCAUACGGCAAUGAAAAGAGGUUCUUCUGCCCUCCGCCGUGCGUGUACCUGAUGGGCAGUGGCUGGAAGAAAAAGCUGGAGAACAUGGAGAAGGAGGGCUGCACGGAGCAGGAAGCCCAGCCCUGUGCCUUCAUCGGGAUCGGCAACAGCGAGCAGGAGAUGCAGCAACUCCACCUGGAGGGAAAGCACUUCUGCACGGCGAAGACUCUGUACAUCAGCGACUCGGACAAACGGAAGCACUUCAUGUUGUCGGUGAAGAUGUUGUACGGCAACAGCGCCAACAUCGGAUUCUUCCUCAGCAAGCGGAUCAAGGUCAUCUCCAAGCCCUCCAAGAAGAAGCAGUCCCUGAAGAACGCCGAUCUGUGUAUAGCUUCAGGGACUAAGGUGGCGUUGUUUAACCGCCUGCGUUCCCAGACGGUCAGCACCAGGUAUCUUCACGUGGAGGGGGGGAACUUUCUUGCGAGCUCCCAACAGUGGGGAGCCUUCUACAUUCACCUCCUGGACGACGAGGAAUCUGAAGGGGAGGAGUUCGCCGUGAGAGACGGCUACAUUCACUACGGCCAGACGGUCAAACUGGUCUGCUCCGUCACGGGCAUGGCCCUGCCCCGACUGGUCAUUCGCAAAGUGGACAAGCAGACGGCGUCAAUGGACGCAGACGACCCGGUGUCCCAGCUUCACAAGUGCGCCUUCUACUUGAAAGAUACUGACAGGAUGUACCUGUGUCUCUCGCAGGAGAGGAUCAUCCAGUUCCAGGCCACGCAGUGCUCCAAAGAGACGAACAAGGAGAUGGUCAACGACGGGGCUUCCUGGACUAUCAUUAGCACCGACAAGGCCGAGUACACCUUCUAUGAGGGCAUGGGCCCCGUCCCCACGCCGGUCACACCUGUCCCCGUGGUGGAGAGUCUGCAGCUAAACGGCGGCGGAGACGUUGCGAUGCUGGAGCUGACCGGACAAAACUUCACCCCGAAGCUGAGGGUGUGGUUUGGAGACGUUGAGGCCGACACCAUGUACAGAUGCGGGGAGAGCGUUCUGUGCGUGGUGCCGGACAUCUCUGCCUUCAGGGAGGGCUGGCGCUGGGUGAGACAGCCGGUGCAGGUCCCCGUCACGCUCGUCCGCAACGACGGCGUCAUCUACGCCACGGCGCUCACCUUCACCUACACCCCCGAGCCGGGCCCGCGGCCCCACUGCAGCGCCACGGGGGCCAUCCUGCGGACGCGCAGCGCCUCCUCCUCGUCGCCGGCAUCUUCGUCCUCGCCGUCGUCCUCAUUGGGCGGGCUCGGGGACGCUCACGGGGUGUACAGCGGCAGCGACUCGGGCAUUUCGUCGGGGGCGUCGACCAUGUCGGUGCUGUCCUAGGGACUCGGACGCACGCACGUCACUCUGGGGCGUGCGUGUGCGUGAGUGACCGAGCGGGAGACGGCGCGCCACGGACUUGUGAGCCAGAGAGGCUCGUGGACCCGUGAGGGAUCGCACACUGAGUCGGACGCCCUUCAUCGGAGAGCAGCUGGAGGAGGAGGAGGAGGAGGAGGAGAGAGCUUAUAGAGAAUCCUUUGGAUAACUGAAGACUCUUUAGCUCCCUCUCCUGGUUUGUUUCGGACAUGUCAACAGCCGCACUCAAAGGACUCUGACGCUCAAGAUCUUCGCCUGCAAGAAGACUAAUCUGCCGUCUAACUCUCACAACAAACUGACAAGACAUGUUUUUUUUCUUCUAAUGACUGUUUUCACUCCUCUCUCUUUCUACAGAGAUUAUGUUCUGACCGAAAAGCUGGUUGAUCUGCUGUGUGCAAGGGGAAAUGUUGUAAGAGUAACAUAGUUUUACGGACCAAGGAAUAUCCUAAUUUUUUAUUUUAUUCAUAUUAUAUUUUAUAAGCUUGUGCCGAGGUACAUAUUGACAUUUUCUUUUCUUUUUCGUCUAUUCUUUUUCGGUAUGAUACUGCAUAGUAAGUUCACAUUUGUUACCAAAUAGAAUUUGUGUUUUGUCUCAAUCUUCUAGGUCAGCGGGUUUAACCGAUUGGUCCCGAAAAACGUUCCCCAACUUUUUAUAUCAAAGAUGACAUUGUUCGUGUGUGUCUGUGUGUGUGUGUGUGUGUGUGUGUGAUAACUUGUAAUACACUCUGUGUAUUCUGAGAGACAGACGUUAAUGUUUUCUAAUCAACUCAAAUCUGAAUAUUUUUCUACCACAGCUUCUGACACGGCGGUGCUUCCUGUUCCACAGUGGUGAUGCCUUUUAGGGGGAAAAGGACAGUACUACGUUUUUUAUGUAAAAUAACUACUAAGUCACGGAACAAAGAUGGAAGGUCACAGUAUAGAUUUAAUUCCAUGCACAUGGCACAGACGUUUUUUGGAGGGCACUUAAAGGGACAGUUCACCCCAGAAUCGACGACAUAUUGUUCCUCCUUUCCCUACAGUGCUGUUUAUCAAUCUGGGGACAAAGCGCCUUAAAAAAAUUCAAUAAAAUACAUUUGAAAAACUCAGAAA